AUGCCAAAACAAAGUGGCCAGGACGGUGGGCAUCGAAAGAGCCAAUCUGAAACGCUGCACAAGACAGCCUGUGAUCGGUGCAGAGGCCAGAAGCUUCGAUGCGUGUGGGAACCCAGAUCACGACAGUGCCAGAGAUGUGAGCGAGCAAAGGCUGUAUGCUCGAUAUCACCUCCACGGCCCAUGGGUCGUCCAAUGGCCGUUUCGUCGCACAACAGGAAUGCACAGCGUGAGAUGGGUCAUGAGGUACACCGUUUCGAAUCGCCAUGCCCUCCAGAAGCAUGUGUCCCAACGAACGAUGCGAGCUUCUCGGUGGACGACACCACCCAAGCGGACAUCUCCUGGGACGCUUCGUUUUCGUCUCUAAUGAAUGACGGCUGUCCCUCGAAUGCCUACAUUCAACCAGAGUCCUUUGAAGUGUUCAGUCCUCCUCCUGUGCCGGGGUUCUUUGACGCGCAAAUAAACAUUGGCAACUCCCCAGGAGUGCAGCCCUCUGGGCAGCCGGCUGGAAACUACCAUGAUAAAGCUGGCGAGAUCGCAGAAGACACCAGCGAUGACAUCCAGCUAUGCAACCUCACCAUAGCGUUGAGCAGACAUCCCUUACACCCCGCAGCCAUGUCUGCAGCACCUCCGUUACUCCGUCGUAAAAUCGUGCGUGUGGCAGAUUUGGAAAUCGGAAGAUUGCUUUCAAUGACUGCUCAACUGGCCCGCAUUGUGCCCGUCAACGACAACGCAUCCUAUCCCAGGCAAGCGCAAUCCACAAUCCUCCUAAUCCUGAGCUGCUACUCCCGUCUUGAAGCGAUGUUUUCGAGUGCCGUUGAUGCACUCCGGGAACUGCAAAAGAGCGAGAAGCCGCUCGACGAUUCCCAUCCCCUCAUGACGGGGCUCGUUGUGGAUGGUUUCUCUCUGGGGACUAGCCAAGAGCUCCAAAUGCGCUUCAUCAUUCAACUUUGUGAACAGACCCGUGAAACAAUCCUCCAAGCCACUGUGGGACUUAUGGAGCCGGAUUUGAUUACAUUGCAUGGCAUUGGAGUGGCUAUUGGAAAACUGCUGUCCGCUUGA